AUGCUCUCGACCUCGAGUUAUAAGCUGGCCUUCGACGAGUAUGAUUAUGAUUCCGAUUGGACCAUUCCGACGCAGCCACCAAAAGUGUAUCGAUCCGCCAGCGUGAAGAGCUGGGGCGUGACGUCGAUUGGGCGGGGAUUCGACUGGGACGAAGAGAAAAACAGCAGCGUUAAUCUGGACGAGGCGGCGGCGGCGGCAACGAGCAGCAGGCAACCAGAAAGGGCGAACGAAGCCUUCGAUUCACAUGUCCGCAAGCACCACCACCACCACCACCACCAUUCGCAGCCAGGCAAAUCUCCGGUUCCUUCCUCUGUCUCAUCAUCUGCCUCUCUCACCAACCCCAAACUUUCCCAGUAUCCCAGCCUAAUGGCCCAGUCUCACUCUCUGCCCCAGUCCCGUUCCGCCUCCCCCAAUCCCUUGUCAUCCGCUGCUUCCUUUGCUUCCUUCAGAAGCCCGACCAGUGCUUCGACGUCGCCGGUCCCCUCGUCGCCCCGACCACGUCGCAGAUCGUCUCAGCAGCGCGUUUCGCUCAUUGCCGGCCGAGUCUCGAUAGCGCCCAUCGAACCACCUCCCUCGCCCCCGCCCUUGCUGCCCCAGAGCUUGAGGCGCACACCCAGCUCGGGCAGCAUCCUGAGCACAGCGGCAAGCACCCGGGCUCCGUCCCCUGCGUCCGAUAACCAGUCCUUCAUCGGAGGAAGGAGCAUUUCCGAAUUUGAAAUAGAAGGAGAGAUUGGCCGGGGUGCCUAUGGACUCGUCAAGCGGGCGAGAGAGAUCCUUUCCGAUGGUUCACUUGGGCCACCGCUUAUCAUCAAGCAAGUCAUCAAGUCUCGCAUCCUCGCCGAUUGCUGGAAGAAACAUCCUCGCCAUGGCACUAUCCCCAUCGAAAUCUAUGUCAUGUCCGCCAUCUCCAAUACUUCCUACAUCCUUCCACCAAAGCGACCAUGGGACCCUUCCCGCUUCUCGCAAGAAAAAUCAAAAGACGCCUUGCAACUUGAUCUCGUUUCAGAACAGUCCGACGAUGACUGGGUAGAAGGCAAGGUCGUCAAAGGACAUCCUAAUAUAUGCCCCCUCCUCGACUUCUUCGAAGACAAUCAUUAUUACUACUUGGUCCUUCCCUUCACAUCCCCAGACCGCAGGCCGGGUCAAACGUCUGCUGCCUCUGAUCUCUUCGAUCUCGUAGAAAGUUAUCCUAACGGCUUGCCCCCAUUCCUCGUACGCAGCUACCUCGGGCAAAUCGCCGACGCCCUUGCCUUUUUGCACUCCCAUGGAAUCGUCCACCGUGAUGUCAAGGAUGAAAACGUUAUCUUAGGCCCCCGAGAUAAAGCCAUCCUAAUCGAUUUCGGAAGCUCGGGGUUAAUCAAGAAAACGGGAUGGGAUACUUUUAGCGGGACACUGGACUACGCAGGCCCUGAAAUUCUCCGGGGCGAGCGCUACUAUGGAAAAGAGCAAGAUGUGUGGGCAUUUGGCGUUGUCGCUUAUGUUCUCCUCGUGGGCGAGUGUCCAUUCAUGACAGCGACCGAAGCACAAGAAGGCUUUUCUUCACCUUUCGCCAAUGCCUCCAUUUCUCUUGAUGAACGUUGCGGCGAAGGAAAGGAAGGUGAGGGCGAGGAGCCAGAUGGAGGUGGAGCUCUUGGCGAUGCUGCUGUGCUCGUUCGAGCAUGCCUGGCCGUGGAUCCCGCUGCGAGACCGACGUUUGAAAAAAUCAUGCAAUCCCGAUUCUUGGCUGGAAAGGGCGGAUGGGGAAUGGAGAAGCCAAUGUGAUUUUCCCGACAUAGUAGACGUCCAUUUUCGCACUAGAUGAAGGCGAUUGGGAGUCAGUCUUGUGACAGUAAUGUUAUCGAUAGUGAUUGUGACCGGCGAAAUGUACCAUCCCGUGUCUGUAUUCUGUGAUUGAAACUAGCCUAUGUAGACUUAGGAAGAUGCCAAUGUUGUAGAGUAGAUAUUACAGUGUACCUCUAACUCAUUGUCCUAUUUAUUGCAAAACUG